GGCACACCCACACCUUUCCUCUACUCGAUCUUGCUUAACUUGUUCUGCAGGAUCGAGGAGCAUCACGACCGAAUCAGCUGGUACGCAUGCGUCAUUUCCCUGGGCUCAUAUGCGAUUGCGACAAGGAACUGAAGUGAAGUGUAUACCGCACAGGUAAGUCAUGUACACUCCAGCGGCUGAUGCCGGUGUGAAUGUGGUGGAAAAGGAUGCAACUCUAAGCAGCGCUUACUCACCUGUGGACUACAUGAGUAUCACUAGCUUCCCAAGACUACCAGAAGAUGAUGUGCUUUCUUCAGACAAUACCCUCAAAUCACGCAAAGAUGAUGACAACUUCCUCAGUGAGCAGGACACAGACCCUGAUUUGUUUCUAAAGUCAGCUCGACUGCAGCGCAUGGCCUCAUCUGCUUCUGACUUGGGGAGCCAUGAUGUCACUCCUCUGAGAGAGACCACCAGGGACCCACUGGCACAAGAAUGUGCGUGUACACGAGAUGGCCUUACCGUUAUCAUCACUGCCUGCUUGACAUUUGCUACUGGAGUCACAAUGGCCCUCAUAAUGCAGAUCUACUUUGGGAACCCACAGGUGUAUACUCAAGCUGCAAUAGUAACAGAUGUGGCACGCUGCACAUCUCUAGGCUUUGACGUGCUGGGCAAACAAGGAUCAAGCAUAGAUGCUGCAAUAGCCGCCUCCCUCUGCCUGGGCAUCAUUCACCCCCACACCUCAGGCAUCGGAGGUGGCGGGGUGAUGCUUGUCCAUGACAUCCGUAAGAAUGAAAGCAGAGUCAUUGAUUUCCGUGAGACUGCACCAUUUGCCAUCCAUGAAGGCUUGUUGUUAAAUGUUAAUCAAAGGCCAGGUCUGCUAGUGGCUGUUCCAGGCAUGCUGAGUGGCCUACAUCAAGCUCAUCAGCUGUAUGGAAGAAUGCAGUGGAAAGAGCUUAUCACUUUGGCUGCGGAUGUUGCCAGGAAUGGAUUUAAUGUUACACAUGAACUGGCUGAUGCUUUGUCUGAAGUGAAAGACCAAAAUGUGUCUGAUACAUUCAGAAAUCUCUUCCUGCCGAACGGACAGACGCCAGUAGCAGGACUUUUCACUACACGUCUGGAUUUAGCUGACAUUUUAGACAAGAUUGCAAGCAAUGGGAUCUCAGAGUUCUACAAUGGGAAUCUGACUAAAGAAAUAGCAUCUGUGGUUCAAUCGGCAGGAGGUGUGCUGACAGAGGAAGAUUUUCAAAACUAUACCACUGUUCUACAAAAACCACUGCAAAGUCUUUAUCAGGGUUACAAGGUCUUAGCUGUCCCUCCACCCCACGCGGGAGCUGCUCUCCUCUCAGCUCUAAACAUCCUGGAGGGAUAUAACAUCACAAACCAGGUGCCGAGGAACACAGUUUUCCACUGGAUAGCUGAGUCUUUGAAGAUCGCCUUGUCCCAGGCUAGUGGACUUGGAGACCCAAAGUUUGAUGGCUCCGUUUCAAAAGUUGUGGCACAGAUGCUAAGUAAAACUCAGGCUGCUGUAUUUCGUCAAAUGAUUAACGAUUCGCGUGCGUCUCUCGCUCAACAUUACACACCAUCAUAUGAGCUGCAGAGGGACGCUGUCGCCAGCCAGGUCAUGGUCAUGGGCAGAGAUGAUUUGAUUGUAUCUGUUAUGAGCUCACUGAACCGGCCAUUCGGAAGUUAUAUUAUGACACCCUCUGGGAUUCUCCUUAAUAGUCAGAUUCUGGAUUUCUCUUGGCCCAAUAAAACCCACGGCUCAGCAGAGUUCAAUCCGCGUAACAGUAUUGAUCCAGGGAAGCGACCCGCCUCCUUCCUAAUUCCCGUUGCAAUAAGACCCUCUGUUGGUCUUUGUGGGAAUUACCUUACCCUGGGUUCCUCUAAUGCCGACCGGGCCCUUAGUGGCAUCACUCAGGUUUUGCUUAAUGUUUUAUCAUUACGCAAAAACAUGAGUGACAGUCUAGCUAACGGCAGGCUUCAUCCUCUCAUACAAACUAACACCCUCCUGGUAGACUCUAAAUUUAUGCAGGCCGACGUGGAGUCUCUCAUACAGAUGGGCCAUAAGGUGGAGAAGGUGGACAUCAUCUCACUGGUAGAAGGAACUAAGAGAACCAAUGACCUGAUUGUAGGUGUGAAGGACCCCCGCAGCACUGACGCAUCUGCACUGUCUAUGUCUAUGCCCUAGAAUUCAACAUAUAUCCUGCUCUGUCAUGUGUUUACAUGGUUAUUUGUACUGUUUUAGAUAUUGCUUGUGAAAUAGCUAUCUCCACAACAAACACAGAUAGGAACAGUAGGCUAGCACAUAUGAUGUGUCUUCUUGUAAAAGUAAGAUUUGAGUGUGUAUUUAUAUUUUACCCUAAUAUUUCUUAAACUACAAUUCAUGACGUUUCAGGAUUGUUUCUUACAUGACAGAAUAUAUAAGUGUAGUGGCAGAAAAAUGGUCAGGAAAUCUAUGAACUAACACAAUUUUAAGUAUUGUCAUUAGGAAGUAUUUUCAAAAUAGCCUAGCAUUUAUUUUUUUGUUAAAAAGCUAGCAACAAAUUUUGCUAGUUUGAAUAAAAAAUGUAGUUCCUUUCAAAAAUGCAAAAUCCGAUGAGGUUUUUAAAAGUGUGUGUGGGGGGGGGGUCAGUCUUGACAGGGUCGCAGUGAAUGGAAUUAUGAAAAUCAUGUCCAGCGGUUUUAGUCAUGAUGUCAAAUCAACCAGUUUGGCAGGUAUAUGCUUUACAAUAGAGUGCCGCAUGAUGACAUAUUUGUGGAGGCCAACCUGGAAUUUAGAGGGACAUUGGUUCUCUUGAAAAAAAAACCCGUUCAUUUUUCCCUUAGACUUUUUGAUUAUUGCAUAAAAGCUUUGUUUAACAAACAUUUAUGACACUAACACGUUAUGUCAAACAAGUUUGUCUUCACAGAUGAACACAAGGUUUAUGAAUCAAAAUUGGCAUUUGGCUGCCAAACCUCUUCGCACAGUUGUGAACAAAGGUUGUCAUCUCCCUUGUCUUUAGCAAACCAUAACAUUUUAUUUUCGUCGAGGUAAUGUUAUUUGUUUCAGAGAUCAGUUUAGCCACUACUAGCCAGAACGAUAAAUAGAGACAGGAAGUUCACUUCGAUUCAGGCACGUGCCUGCAACAACGUGUGUUUGUCUGAUUAUACCAUAUACAGUACCUUCUCUAAUGGUUAUUUUUUAAGGAAAUUAAGUGAAAACAUUAUUAAACCAGUUAUAGACCGUUUUGCAAGAUGUAAACAACACUGGUCCAGAAGCACUUUCUGUUUUAGUUUUUUAACACUGAACAAAAUAUUAAUAUUUAUUAAAUAUUAAUUAAUGUUUGAACGAAAUACAACCGAAAAUGUAGAACUGAAUUAAAAUGUAAAGUAAAUGUCAGGGCUCAACAUAAAGGUCUGCCCGGUGGCCAUGGGCAAGCUUGAGAGACAUUCGAGCCAGUAAAAUGAAUUGUCACUUGCCCGAUCGGGCCAGCGCUUCACCCUCAGUCACAAAAAUAUAUUUUCAUCGAUAUUUAACAUUUUGGAAGUAGACAUUAACUUAGGUAAAACACAACGAAAGAAAUAAUGUAAUAUUUUGCACAGUUUGCUGUCAGUUUACAGGUAAAGCAGAAAAGUUGGGAGACUUUUUUCUUUGGAACAUGUCUGUUGUAUAUGUAUACAAUUAAAUUUGACUUUUGAAUUAGUAUUUUUAAAUAUGUGACACUGACAUAUUUUAUUGGGGCCAGUGAAAAUGUUGGCAGCGCAAGUGAAAACCUGAACCACUGGCCGGAUUGGGCCAGUAUAAAAAAAUAUUUGCAUUGAGCCCUGAAUGUGAACUAAAAAGCUUAAAAACAACAGGAAGUGCUCCUGGACCAGUGUUGUUUGCAUCUUGUAAAAUGGUCUGUAGGUUACUCAUCCAGGCACGCUCCUUUGCAUGUGCUUCUCUGGAUCUGCUCUUCACCAGUAUGUGCUUUCUCCUGUGCUCAGUCAUUUAGUUUUUACCUUCGAGACUAAUUUUUUUUUAGGGAUGUAUUUUUUCCCUCUUUCUUCAUUUAGUAGCCUAACAUACGUGAGAACAAAUAUGUAUAGUAAUAUCCUAUUUAUUUAAAGAGAUGAAUUUGAUUUGAGGUGAGCAAACACUCAAAAAAUACUUGCAGAUGUUAAAACUGACAUCAAAUAGACAUCAAUUAGUGUGCUACCUAAUUUUAAAAGCUUGUGAAUGUUGUAAAAACGGAUAGGUGGCUAAACUGCUGAUCUGUUAUAAGUGAAUAAAAUGUUUGUCAUUCCAUUUAACCUCAGACACUAACAUUAUUUUAGCGUAUUAUUUUUUUCCUUUCUUCAUUCAGCAACUUAGGCCUAUAUGAGACCGAAUAUAUAUAUAUUUUGGGGAUUUCUGAUUUUGGUUGUUGUAUAACGGAGAUGCAGCUGCUAUGGUAAGAUCUGUUAAUGUAAAGUGAAUUAAAUGUUUAUUUAUUUUCAACAAAUAUCUGUUUUAAGUCCUCUAUUUUGUGUUGAAGUCAUUGGAUAUUUUUAAUAAAAUACAAUACCAGUAUGAU